UUCCAUACUAGAGCAUUCAAAGGCCUCCGUUGAACAUGGCCAUGCCACCUCGAACAACUUUCUUGUAGCUUAUCAUAUAUCAAAGCUACUCCCAAACCAGUUCUAAUAUGAUCAUUCCUUAAUAUCUUUAUUUUAUCACUCAUCCAUCUCAACAUCCUCAUCUAUGUUACAUUGAGUCUAUCUAUAUGAUACUUUUUAAUUGCCCAACAUUCCGCACCAUACAUCAUAGCUGGUAGUAUGAUUGUCCUUUAACCCCCCCUUUUUUUUUAAAGGGAAAUGUCAAUCAUACAACACCAAAUGCACCUCUCCACUUCGUCCAUCCUAUUUUAGUUCUUUGUGAAACGACGUCUUCUAUAUAACCUUCUUUAUUAUGACUAAGCCCAAAUACCUAAAAUAAUCACUUAGUAGAACCUCUCACUCAUCAUUUUUCACCACCUCAUUAUCCUUCUUCCUAUAACUGAAGUUACACACCAUAUACUUCUUCUUCAUUCCACUUGUCUUAAAACCUUUUGAUACCAGGAUUGAUCUCCAUAACUCCAACUUGGCGUUAUUCUUUGCUUGUCCCAUCCACAAAAACAAUAUCAUGAGAAAAAAACACGCACCGAGGAACUUCAUCUUGAAUGUCUCUGGUUGAUUCAUCCAUGAUAAGCGCAAACAAAUAGGGGUGUAAAGCUGAUCCAUGAUGUAAUUCAAUCUACUCUCUCUCUAUAUAUAUAUAUAUAUAUUAUAUUUAAAUUUCAUUGUUCUAUGUUUUUGUGCCUGCUUACACCCAGCAUUUAAUUGUGUUGUGUUUUUUGUGCCUGCUUUCAGCCAUAUAUGUGUAUCUGGGUGUUCCUUUUAUUACUUGUAUAUGGGUAUGCUUUCCUUCAUUUCAGAGUCAAAGGACUUGGGUUUGGCUUUCUUCCAGGGUUGGGAAUGAAUUAAGUGUAAAACUGGGCUUUUUUAUAAUUCUUGAGCAUGGAACUGAUUUUUAUGUAAUUUUUUUAAUUGUAGACAAAUAGUGGACAACAACAUUUCUCCAUUUUUCAAUCAAUAAAAAAUUUAUUGAUUAUAUACAUAACAAAAGUAAUUUUGAUUUCCUGAUGGUGAUGUUCAUGGUCCUUAGCCUUGGUUGCUGAAGAAAAGGAGCAAGUUAACAUUGAUAUCAUUUUUAUUUCAGAUCAAAAUUCUGUUUUUGAUCAAGGGGAGAAGCAUCAUGCUUAUGUUGCAGUAGAGACACAUCAAUCAGUAAAGCUUGAUGAGCGGACAAGAAGUGCUGCAACCAAACAGCAGCAUCAACAAAUAGAGGUUGAGGAGAGCAUUAUAGGGAAAUUGCUCGCUUGUAAACACCAGGCAAUAGAGGUUGCAGUGGAAAGCAGUAGAGGGAUGCAACCGGUGAAUGUUAAACAGGCAGGCGACAGAGAGAUUCAACUGCAGGAACCCAAACCAAUAGUCAUUGAAGAAAGAGGUGGAGAGAUGCAACUUGCUUGUGCUGCAGAGAAGCAACACCAUCUGCUACAGUUUGACGAGGAAAGCAGUAGAGCUAUGCAGCAGCAAGAUAAUCCUGUGAAGGUAGAUGAUGAAGGAACUAGUAGCUUGAUUCCUAUCAUUGAUGUGACAGAAAAGGAGGAUCAGCCAAUGGAUGUUGAGCACACUGUUGGAGCAAUUGUUGAUUUAGAUGAGAACGAUGGAAACUGCACCAUGGUAAAGAGGCAAAGGAUCUCAGCAGUUCAGGUUGUUGAAUUAAGUGAUGACGAUGAAAUUCCUGGGGAUGAUACAUGUCCUGGUGAUACCACCCAAGACCUGAAUCUUGAGUACACUACCAGGUCUAUUUGGCAUUAUGUGGAUCCUUAUGAUGAGGAACAGGGUCCAUUCCCAUUGUCAGCGCUAAAACGAUGGAAAGAGAGUAAUUACUUCAGUCCGGAUUUCAAGGUAUGGAAGACGGGUCAGAGCAGGGAAGAAGCAAUCUUGCUGACUGAUGCUCUUGCCGAUCCGAAUUUUUCCCAAUGAAUUGAACUAUUGUUGAAAUCAACUUGUAUUUUUGUGAAUAUUCCAAACAGCUAAAGACUUCUUCUGAACUGUUUUAUGGCUAGUUGUCAGGUAUCAUCUUUGCACCUUGUAUAUAAGGAACAGGACUCCUUUUUGUGUCAACUAGUUGGGUUUUGUUUCUCUA